UGUCUCCAUGAAAAUACAAACUCAAGAACAACAGCGUAUAAAAUAGAAAGAUGUGUCUUUUAUUUCUAUCAUAUGGCCGCAUCAAUUGCCGUUAUCAUCAUAACCUUUCUUCCUUUGGAAAAAUCACGAAAAUAUUGCGGUAGUUUAUAUUACCUUAUUGGCAAUGAUCCACUGAUGACGAAAGCUUUUAGCUUGACCCCCAUGAUAACAACCAUUCUUAUGAAUUCUGAUUACUUUUAUAAAUUUUUAAUUGAUUUUAAAAUGAAAAUUGAAGAAAAAUAUCCUCCUGAGGAAGAAAUUAUCUCAGUCUUAGAAAAUCAGGCAAAAUAUUUAUAUUUAUGCCUUUGUUCUAUAAUAUUUUCUUCUGUGAGUCAAUAUAUUCUUUUAAUGACGGAAGGUUUUAAGAGAAUUGCUGUAGAUGGAGAAGAACUUGCUGCCAAAUGUCUAACCUACAUUAAUUUAGGAAUUUCAUUUAUAUGCGGAGAGGCGCAUUUAGGGGGAGCAAUUACCAUAAUAUACUUCUUUCUUAUCAAAGAUCGAUGGAUAAGAUUGUUGAAUGAAUGCAGAAGUUUUCAUGGCAGAAAAGAAGAUUUUGAGAAAUUUGUUGAAUACUCUCAAAGAAGAUUCGAAGAUCUCGCUCUAUAUGUCGAAGAACUGAAAAAAGCUUUCACAUUCAUCGGUAUAGUAUUGAACAUGCUCACAGUAGGCUUUAUUGCAACAAUAGCAUUUAUACUAAAAUAUUCAAGACCAGAUGUUAUAAGUAUUGGUGUUCUUUUUAUUGUUUUAUGCACCAUGACAAUAGCAAGCUUUCGAAUCCUGUUUGCUGCUGCAGAAUUUCCAUAUCAGGCUACAGAAGUCAUGAAAGAAGUCUCAAGAUUCCGACUGUACAAUCUAUCGUAUGAGAAAAACUUGCGAUUAUUAAAUUUCAUGAAACGAAUGGGAGGAACACCUAUUGGAUUCGAAAUUUUUGAUGUAAUUGUCACCAGAAUUUGCGCAUUUAAGCUGAUGGAGUCGAUCUUUUCUUUCUUCUCUACCCUUGGAGAACUUUAUGGAUUGGCUUACAAAAACAAACGACUAUGCAAAACUGAAAAAGGAUUAAAUUCUACUUUGUAGCUUUACAUAAUGCCACUAAUAC